AUGGGGCUCCGGUCCAGAACCGUCGCUAGCGGCUCGGAGGAGCAGAAGCAGAAGCCUUCGGGCGCGGAGCUGCUGGACCAGGGCACCGGGGGCGCGGAGAAGGAUGGCGCACUGCUGCUGGUGGCGGCCGGCGGCCGGGACGACUUCAAACGGGGCUCUCAGGGCAUCGGCAUCGGGCUGCUGGCCAAGACCCCCCUGAACUACACCCGGCCCACCAAGAGGAAUAACAUCCGCAAGAGGAGGAUCCAGAACCUGAUCUACGACGCCCUGGAGAGGCCCCGGGGGUGGGCGCUGCUCUACCACGCCUUCGUGUUUCUGAUCGUUCUGGGAUGUUUGAUUUUGGCCAUUUUGACCACGUUCAAGGAACACGAGAAGACGUCCGCUCACUGGCUGGUUAUACUGGAAACCUUCGCCAUCUUCAUCUUUGGAGCCGAGUUUGCGCUGAGGAUCUGGGCGGCCGGAUGCUGCUGUCGCUACAAAGGAUGGAGGGGGAGGCUGAAGUUCGCACGCAAACCCUUCUGUGGUCUGGACAUCUUCGUGCUGAUCGCCUCGGUGCCGGUGGUGGCGGUCCGGAACCAGGGGAAUGUUCUGGCCACGUCCCUGCGCAGCCUGCGCUUCCUGCAGAUCCUGCGGAUGCUGCGUAUGGACCGACGAGGCGGAACCUGGAAGCUGCUGGGCUCGGCCAUCUACGCCCACAGUAAGGAGCUGAUCACGGCCUGGUACAUCGGCUUCCUGUCCCUGAUCCUGGCCUCCUUCCUGGUCUACCUGGUGGAGAAGGACGACGUCUCCAUGGACGCGGCGGCCGAUGAAAACCCCACGGCUCAGCCCAAAGCGCAGGACUUCGACACCUACGCCGACGCCCUGUGGUGGGGGCUGAUCACCCUGACCACCAUCGGAUACGGAGACAAAACCCCAAAGACGUGGGCGGGGAGACUGUUGGCCGGAACCUUCGCCCUGAUUGGCGUGUCGUUCUUCGCGUUGCCUGCAGGGAUUCUGGGUUCAGGUCUGGCUCUGAAGGUCCAGGAGCAGCACAGACAGAAGCACUUUGAGAAGCGCCGCCAUCCGGCCGCCGGACUGAUCCAGUCCGCCUGGCGAUAUUAUUCCACUAAUCCAAUCAGGGAAGACCUUAUUGCCACGUGGAGGUUUUAUGAAACCAUCAUCUCUCUUCCCUGUUUCCGGAAGGAGAACCUGGAGGUGAUGGCCAGUCAGAAGCUGAGUUUACUGGAGCGUGUCCGCCUCCCGAACACCAGGCCGUCGGUCGGGACGGGGAAGAAGCUGACGGCCGACUCCAUCGAAGAAAGCCCCUCGAAGGAGCCCAAACCCGCCGGCUUCAGCAACCGAGAACGUUUCCGCACCGCCUUCCGCAUGAAGGCCUACACCCUCCGCCAGAGCUCCGAAGAUGCCGGGGCCUUGGCAGAUCCAGCCUUAGAGGACCGGGGCUUCCCCCCAGACAUCCUCAUGGAGGAGAUGAUCCCCACCCUGAAGCUCGUCAUCAGGGCCGUCAGGAUCAUGCAGUUCCUCCUCAAUAAGAAGCGGUUUAAGGAAACUCUGAGGCCUUACGAUGUCAAAGACGUGAUCGAGCAGUACUCUGCCGGACACCUGGACAUGCUCUGUAGGAUUAAAUAUCUGCAGACCAGGAUCGACAUGAUUCUGGCCCCCGGACCCCCCCUCACCCCCAAAAACAAGAAAACCACGAAAACUCCCUUUAGCUACCCGCCCAAUCAGUCGCCCAGGCACGAGUCCUACCUGGCCAAAGCCGCCUCCAUGCCCGACGCUGAAGACCAAAGCAUGAUGGGUAGAUUUGUCAGGGUGGAGAGACAGGUGGAGGACAUGGAGAAGAAGCUGGACUUCCUGGUGGACAUGCACAUCCAGCACACCGAGCACCUGCAGGUGGACUCCGCCGGCGCCGCCCACAUGACCUUAGAGACCUGCGACCCGACGGGCGGCGGCGAGAUCCGGCGGCUUUUCUUUAACUACGCCGAGGCGUUCCCGCACAUGACGUACCAGGUGCCUGUGAGCAAGGUGAACGGCAGGGGGGGGGUAGCGGGCCUCCGGACCACCGGCCCCCGCCGCUCACACCCACGCCACGCCCCCGCCGCCAUUCCCACCUACACGGAGCGGCCCACCGUGUUGCCCAUCAGCUCCUUGCAGGACUUGUCGGCGGGGCUGGGCAGGACCACAGGGGGGGGGCGGGGGGGCGACUCACCGCUGUCUAUGCUGUCGGUGAACCACGAGGAGCUGGAGCGCUCGCCCAGCGGCUUCAGUAUCUCUGGAGAGAAGGAGGCGGAGGAAGGGGUGGAGCUGACAACGGGGGCAGGGCCGGCGACCGGAGACGCCAGCUGGACGCGACCCAGACCCAGCUACCUGGCGGAGGGGGAGACGGACACAGACACGGACCCGUUCACGCCCAGCGGGGGGGGGCCUCUGCCGCUGUCGACCACGGGGGAGGGCUUCGGCGACGCCGUGUGGAGCACGCCGCCCUGAGGGGGAGGGGCUUUGUCUGUCAACCCUCCUCCUGAAGCGAUCUGACCUUAAGCCAACCCAUGCCUCUAUAGACCCACGUCAGUCUGGGUCAAAGCCACGCCCCUGGACCGAACCACGUGGAGGGAACGGGGGUGUGAAGUCCGCCUUGAUGCUGCGAGGCCGGCGCCGUCCAGUCAGAGCCACGGCGUGGAGAAAAGACGGGAAAGCGGAGCGUUUGUAAAGUAGAACCCUGUACAGAACAUUAAUCAACAUACUAUAUACACCCAAAGCUUUAUCGCUGCAAAGCCAACGCACUGCAUGUGACGCAUGCGAUUUUUAGUGUAGACACUGCGAAGUUCAGGAUUUCAGGAAACAGAAAAAGAGGUCGAAUGGAUACAUUUACCUGCUAUGCCAUUUUCUAACACGUAUUUUUUUAUAUGAAUACAUUCUCAUUGUUUUUUGCAUGGUCUGCAUGAUGAUGCACCAUCAUAGAGGAGGGGGAGGGGCGAACUGGAACCAAAAGUCUCCUGUCUGUCUGAUCCGUGUGUAUGUGUGUGUGUGUGUAUGUGUGUGUGUAUUUGUUUGUGUGUUUGUCGUGGGACUCUGGUAACGCAGGAAGCUGUGUUUCUUCACUUUUACACUGUUUUUUUUUUUUUUUUACGCUGUUUUAUUUUUUUGUCCAACGCUCAGUCGUUUCGUGCUCUCCAGUCGUACGUCACCACUUUAUGCACAAACUUUCCACUUGAACAAAGACACUCAGAAUUUGAAACACUAAAUCUCAGCUGCUUUGUUGGCACAUGAAUUCAGGGAUAUAAAACCGCUUGGACUUAAAACCCUCAACUUUAUCAAUCAGUCAGAAAAUAACAAAUUAUGGAGCCGAAUGUUGUGUUCAGACCAAACUUGAAGCCAUCUUUUGCCUCAGGUGUAUUUGUGGUGUAUUUUGUAACCUGAGAAUAAUCACCACUGCGGUUCGUAGGGAAGUCUAACAGUAUCUGGUGCAACAGUUGGGUUUCUCCAUCCUUCUCCUUUACGAUCUGUGUCAUUUUCUGUAACUUUUACCAUCUCAUCUGUUCGUGCCUGGAAGACAUUUUGCUGGUUGUUGAAACUACUCCUCAACAUCAGUAAUUUUAUAA